AUGGAUGAGGAGCCAAGCAACAGAGGAAAAAGCACUGAGAGGGGUGCUGGAGAGAUCAAGUACAGAGGUGUUAGGAAGCGGCCAUGGGGAAAAUACGCCGCAGAAAUACGAGAUUCGUCCCGGCAGGGGGCUCGGGUUUGGCUCGGUACUUUUAACACGGCGGAGGAGGCGGCUAGAGCCUACGACAAGGCAGCGUAUGCCAUGAGAGGUCAUUUGGCUAUACUUAACUUCCCAGAAGAAUACAAUUUGCCUAGUAGUUCAUCACAUUUUGCUUCUGCUUCGUCUUCAACUUCAUCUUCAGUGCAGGAAAGAGAAGUCUUCGAAUUCGAGUACUUGGACGACAACUUAUUGGAAGAACUUCUUGAUUAUGACAAAAAAGAGAAGAAGUAA